GAGAGAGAGAAAGAGAGAAAGAAAGAGAGAGAGAGGUUCGAGGAAAGCGUCCGCCGAGCUCCACACGCCCAGAGACGGACCUGGAACGGCGUUUCCGCCACAGGCGAGGAAAGUCGUCGCCCAGGUCACGCCGGUCCAUACGCGGACGAAAAGCUGCGGGUUUCGACUUCACGAAUCGUCCCGAACGCUCGAUUCUCGGCCGAGGAGUCGAAGCGCACCCUCAAAUGGAAAUAACUCUGCAGAAGGACUGAAGAUCUCCGUAAUUUGAAAGCAGCAGCAUGGCGAACCUCGCCUCACCCAACUUCACCGGCUACUCCUACGCGGUCACAUCAAGAGCCGCGCUGGCCCCCGUCACGGGCCCCGGGGACGGCAACCGGACCUGCCAGAUGGACGAGGCCGCCCUGAGGGUCCCGCUGAUCGUCUUCUACUCGCUGUUCUUCGUGCUCGGCCUGGCGGGAAACGUCCUCGCCCUCUACGUCUUCCUGAACGUCCACACCAAGAAGAACUCUGUGCGCGUCUUCCUCAUCAACGUCGCCGUGGCGGACCUGCUCCUCGUCGCCUGCCUUCCCUUCCGGGCGCACUACCACAGUCAGCACAACCACUGGGCGCUGGGCGCCACCUUCUGCAAGGUGGUGGGCAACAUGUUCUACGUAAACAUGUACGUCAGCAUCACCUUACUGGGGCUGAUCAGCAUAGACCGCCACGUGAAGAUCCAGCGGGCCAGCGCCAGGUCCAGGAUCCAGAACAGUAGGUGGAGCGUCAUCGUCUGCACCUUAAUCUGGGCCUUCGCCAUCGCCUCCGCCAUCGCCCUGAUCUCCAAGUCCGAGGGCAACGAAGAGGCGGGCAAGUGUUUCCAAUACAAGCAGAUAAAGGGGUCCAAGGGCAAGGCCUACUUCAACUUCUUCAUGGUGGGGGUCUUCUGGCUGGUGUUCUUCUGCCUCAUCGGCUGCUACGGCAAGAUCGCGCUCAGCCUGCUGGCGGCCUCCCGGGACAAACCCGACCUCCCCAACGCGCACAAAUACAGCAGGACGGCCAAGAAGUCCUUCUUCGUCCUCUUCAUCUUCACCGUUUGCUUCGUGCCCUACCACGCCUUCCGCAUCUUCUACAUCCUCACGCAGAUCGGCGACACGUCCUGCUACUGGCAGAUGGUGGCGGACAAGACCAACGAGGUGGCCCUGCUCCUGUCCACCUUCAACAGCUGCCUGGACCCGGUCAUGUACUUCCUCCUCUCGGGCUCCGUCCGGAAGGCCACCUUGCGCAUUCUGGGCGACGUGCUCCACCUGCAGGACAACACCGAAAACAGCUCCACGACCGAGUUCCCCAGGAGCUCCCAGUACCUCUCCACCCCCAGGCCCAGUCUCAGCCAGAUCACGACACUCCGCGUUCAGCCCAACUCCAGCUCCACCUUGGGGCUGCCGCAGCUAACGCAGGACUGACCUUCUUCCCCGCAGGACACCUCAAAGGGCGACCGCAGUUACGGGGGUUGCGUUGUACAUAAUAAUAUGGAUUUUAAAGGUACAACAGGUCAUUUGAGACUUCUAGCGGUCAAGAGAGGAACAGCAGCAACAAAGACCCUCAAACCACAACACUGUUUAUCCCUCCCCCUUCUUUGUAAACGGGCUGGCGUUGAAACGCCAUUGGCUGUGGCAAUCGGAACCAAUUCCGGGGCCAUCAAACUGUAUUAUUUUGAAACUUAAGGACUAUGAACACAGGCAGAGGGUGAGUCAACAUGUCAGUGAGCCUUUUUACAUCUUUAUUUUUAUUUUUUUCCAUGAGAAAAAAUACAAAAAAACACAAAACAGGUCAGGAGGGGGUCACAACAUAUACAAUAACACUUAGACUUACAACAUACAAUAAUACAAGGAGAGCAGGGCAUCUACAAUAAUCAUUCCUUGUGGGCUAAGAAAAGUGUCAAUUUUUCCACAAAAUAUUUCUCCUUUGACUUUUUGUAGUCUCACAUUAUAGGUCAGCUGCUCCAUUCGAUGCAACUGAUUCACAAUAUUUAUGAAAGUGUCCACCGGGGGACAGUGAGCCUCUUUCAAUGAUAGAAAUGGAUUUACAAAGAUCUUGUAACAAUAUUUUAACACCAAAAUCUCACCUAUUGUACUUUUUUUUUUAAAGUAAACAUAAUGGAACACGUACAGGACAGUAGGGGCCUAAUCUUAAAAUUGCCUAGCUAGGGCGGUUUGGAAUAACGAGCUUUAGAAGAUACGCCCUGAGGGAGAGUUCACAGUGGCAGAAAAGCAAAUUAUGACAGAAAGAGGUGUAAUAAAUGUGCAAUUCCCUGUGAGCUUCAACUGUGUAAACAACAACAUGGCUUCAAGUCACGGAGAUUAGGAGCACAGAUAGUACGGCCCGGGUUAAAACGGUUCUACAUAAUGGGACAUUUGAUUUGUCACUGAAUUUGUUUUACCAGAACCACUGGCAAUCAAAUACAAUAGAAUGACUUUCACUCACUCACUCACUCACUCACUCACUCACUCACUCACUCACUCACUCACUCACUCACUCACUCACUCACUCACUCA